AAAGGAAGGCAUGUAUACCCACGACAAAGAGAUCAUUUACGAAAAUGAGCACGCGGACCGCGUGCAGGUGGUCGAAUACCCGCCACCACCGCCGUCGCCGCCGUCACCAUCGCCACCCUCGGCCGGUGUCACGAGGACGACAGGUCUGUUGCCACCGUCCUGCGUCACACCGAGGUCCGCUGCCACGUCCGCCGCCGCUACUGCCCUGCAUCUGCAUCACUAUCCGCAGCUGCAGCUGCAACACGAGGACGAUCUGCCGCCGACGGUGCGCCACGCCGUCAACGCGACCGUGCCGAAUGGCGGUGCCGCGACAACCACAACGACGGUUCUUGUGCUGCAGGAGCUCGUCGCGACCGAUCCGGCCGCCGCCGGUGCAGCUGCAGCCGCACAACAACUGACACUUACCGCCGCCGCCGCCGCUGCAGCAUCGUUUCGCGCUGGGCGACGCAGUCGCAGCGAGGAGGACACCAACGGUACCGUCGUCAGCGACGACGCACAGCAGCAGCAGCAGCAACAGCAGCAGCAACAAAGUUACGUAUCCGGGCAGCGUGAACCGGAAGAAGAGGAGGAAUUGGGAGCGGAGGAGGCGGCGGCGCAAACCCUGCAGAGCGGCGCCGAAGGCGCUGAUCCGGAAGUCCAUAAGAGGGUCGCCGCGGUGCAGGUGCAGGUUCAGGGUAUGGAGGGUGAUUGGCGCGCCUACUGUGAGCAUCCGCUCUCCGUAGCGACCGCGGCCAUGCUAAACCUUCAGCAGCAGCAUCAGUCGACGGUAGCUAACCACAACGAUGAUCCUGCCGCGUCCUAUGUCUAUGAAUACUACAAAUUGCCCGAGAAACCGGCGGAUGUCAAACUACCGUCCACCCACGAACUCUGGUCGACGGGUGUGAUGGGCCAGAAGUUGCUGGUGCAAGAGGCGCCUGGCUCUGGUUCCGCCUCGACGAAUCGCAUGGAAGGCGGUGAAGGUACCGGAGGAGGGGAACUACACCACUUCCUCCAGUACAAUCAGCAAUCUCACAGUCCUAGCCAGAGCCUGCAGGGUGGCCUUCCGCUUCCGCUGAGUCCACAACCCUUGCGACACGACGGUGCCUCGAGCGCCGGCAUCGUCGGGGUCAAGAGGGAACCAGAAGAUCUCAGCUCGUCGCGCGGAGGCCAACAACCCAGCAAACGACACAAACAGGCGCAACCCGACAGUCCCACACCACCGGGAAUGUACCAUCAUCAUCCGCAUCAGUUGCAGGUGCAGCAGUAUGGCAGCCCUUACGACCCCUACACGUCGUGCAGUCCUAGAUUGCAGUCAACCGCCUAUACGUCUACGUCAGCGACCGGGACAGGGAACGCAACGGCGAAUCCGGGUGGUGGCCUUCAUCAGGAGGCGACAACGGUCUACGUCGCUGGUGACGCAUUGCCGCCACUCGCCUCGUCAAGCUCCACUUCCUCGCUGUCCACCACGACUGCUUCGUACACGAGGUACGAGGUCGUGCCGAGCUCAUACGCUACGACACACGCGAUACGCUCGUCGUCGAGUAGCAGCAAAGUCCUGACCGUUGAUCUUCCCAGUCCUGACUCUGGCAUAGGCGCUGACGCGGUGACGCCCAGACAGGAUCAUCAUCCAACCACGGCCCUUCAUCAGUCCUCAUUCGACUACACAGAAUUAUGUCCUGGCGGAACAACAGCCGGAACAGCGGUAGUUCUCGAAAGUGGAGCGGUCAUACACCAACCCCUGCAAUUACAGCUGCAGCAGAGCCACGCACAAGCACAGGUGCAACGCAGCAGCUUAGUGUCCACUGGUGCGACAAAUCCGAAUCCAAAUCCAAAUCCGCAGAGAUCGCGGCCUUGGCACGAUUUCGGCAGACAGAACGACGCCGAUAAGAUCCAGAUACCGAAAAUUUUCUCGAAUUACGGAUUCAAGUACCACUUGGAGUCACCGAUCAGUACGUCCCAGCGCCGCGAGGACGAUAGAAUAACGUAUAUCAAUAAGGGCCAAUUCUACGGAAUCACGUUAGAAUAUGUGUCCGAUCCGGAUAAGCCACUCCUCAAGGCAGGACAGACAGUCAAGAGCGUGGUAAUGUUGAUGUUCCGAGAGGAGAAGAGUCCAGAAGACGAAAUCAAAUCCUGGCAGUUUUGGCACGGGAGGCAACACUCUGUCAAACAACGGAUUCUUGACGCUGACACAAAGAAUAGCACUGGCUUGGUGGGCUGCAUAGAGGAAGUCGCGCACAAUGCGAUUGCCGUUUACUGGAACCCACUCGAAUCGUUGGCAAAGAUAAACGUGGCGGUGCAAUGUCUCAGUACCGAUUUCUCGAGUCAGAAAGGCGUGAAGGGUUUACCGCUGCAUAUCCAGGUCGAUACGUACGAGGAACCACCGCCCCACACGCACACGUAUACGCCGCCUUCCCAUCGCGGUUACUGUCAAAUUAAGGUCUUCUGCGAUAAGGGAGCUGAGAGAAAGACCCGGGACGAAGAGAGACGCGCGGCUAAGAGGAAGAUGACAGCGACUGGCAGAAAAAAGCUCGACGAGCUUUAUCACCCCGUUACGGAGCGCAGCGAGUUUUACUCCAUGGUCGAUCUACACAAACCGCCUGUGCUGUUCUCCCCACCGGCCGAACACGCCAUCGAUAAGUUCUCGACGAUGGAGUUGUCGGGCUUCUACGGUGGUGGCGGCGGCGGGGGAGGGGGUGACACCGACACCUCGUCACUCAGUAAUGGUGAAGGUGGAGGAUUGAAGGCGGGGGGUAGCAGCCCCUAUCCACCGCCAUGCGCCCGGCCGAGUCUGCCGGCCCUCAAGUUCCACAACCAUUUUCCGCCCGACAAUCUCAGUAACCUGCACGACAAGAAGGACUCGUUGCUGAUGCAGGUGCAGGAGCUGCAGGGCUCGAUGCUGCAGGGGGUGCAGACCGGCCUGACGGGCACGGUGGUGUCCAGUGUCGGUAAUCGGCUGCACCUACAACAACAGCCGCCGCAUCUACGUCCAGCGGACGCCGAGGAACGCGUCAUGCUCUACGUGCGUCAGGAAUCGGAAGAUGUUUACACACCACUGCACGUCACACCACCGACAGUCCAGGGGCUACUCAACGCUAUUGAGUCAAAGUACAAAAUUGCAUCCUCGAGUAUUAAUAACCUCUAUCGCAAAAACACAAAGGGAAUUACAGCGAAAAUUGACGACGACAUGAUCCGAUAUUACGUCGAUGAGGACCUGUUUCUGCUGGAGGUGAGCCACUCACGGAUCAAUCCGGACCCGGGCAGCGAACGCAACCCGAAUAAUCCGGGUUCGCCGGGUGAUCCUGGCGAUCCGAGUGAUUCUCCCGCCGGAUAUGACGUCACUCUCAUCGAACUACCUUCAUCGCCUCCACAUCUACCACAUUCACCCCUCGCCAAUUCCACACAUGCACACGUGCAUGUUCACGACAACAGUAACACGUGAACGAACAAGAAACGUUUAUGUAAAUACGCUACGCAAGCUUGACGAGAACUGAUUACUUGGAUGAAUGAAGGAUCAGCAACAUCUUGCGUUGAAUAAUAACAAUUGCUAAAUAAAUAGCGAAUUUUUUUCGCACCACGUUGAAGAUUCUUGUACAGUUUACUCGAUGAUGUGCCUAUCAAAAAUGGCCAUCGAGAAAGAUCCAAGUAGCAACGUGGUAAUUAUUUUCCAGCAAGAAUAAUCAAGAAGAAUCAAGAGAGAAUACAUUCCUGAAAAAUCGAAUUUUCAACGUGUUCAAAGAAGAAUCGAUGUCACGUUAUUUUAAUCGUAGUGUAACAGAGAUUUAAUUGCACAUUUCGGGCAGAUUUCAUUGUCGAUGUUGUAUAAAGUGCUAUAAAAAAUUUAAACAGUAAAAUGUAAGCAGUAAGGAAAUUAACAUUGAAUUUGUUAUUGUUUACGUUUUACUGUUUAAGUUUUUAUGUGCCAUGGUCCUCACUAUUUUCUUCUUGCCGUUCGUAUUUAAACAAUGAGUUAAUGGAUACUUAAUGUGAAGACGUCGACAACGAAAUAAGCCGAAAAUAUGCAAUUAAAUCUCAACUCUGUAGUAUAAUAUCACAGUCGAAGCCUAUAUUUGAACAGACACAUGUUUUGAACAAUUAUCGAUACAAUAAUUAUUAGCGAAACGUUUACCAAAAAAUUAAUAAGUAUGCGCUAAUAAAUAUUUUUAUUACACUUCAACCCUUUCACAUCCAAUAGGAGAUAUAUGUUU